CCAUGGCCGGUUUAAAUCUUGAAUGCCUCUCAUGAGUUUGAAACACCACUGAGUGGGUUUUUUGUCAAGUACGAGGGAGAAAAGUUACAAUUCUGCAAUUUAAAAUGCGCCUCCGCAUUGUUGUCGCCGCUGUUUUUUGGUGUGCUUUUGUAGACUCGCGAAAAAUAAGAGGAAUAUCUUCGUCCUACAAGCGGUUCUACAGGGAGAGAAAGUCCUUUCUGUGUAUCGACGGGUCGAAGAUCAUCCCCUUUGAGCAGGUGAACGAUGACUACUGCGACUGUGAAGAUGGCUCUGAUGAACCAGGCACCUCAGCCUGUCCUCGUGGCCGAUUCUACUGCACCAAUCUGGGUUUCCGCCCACACUACAUCCCAUCAUCGCGAGUCAAUGAUGGCAUCUGUGAUUGCUGUGAUGCCUCCGAUGAAUACAACAGCCACGCUCACUGCCAGAACACUUGCUGGAAUCUGGGACAGAGAGAGAGAGCAUACGUGGAGGGCCAGAUGAGGACCUUGGACGAGGGUUUGCAACUCAAGCAGCAACUGAUUGAGGAGGGAGUGCUGCUCUGGAGGGAGAAACAGGCGCAGCUCAGAGAGCUUCAGCAGGUAGCCGAGGACCUACAGAUCAAAUUAGAGGAGCACAGAAGGAAGAAGCACGAGGCCGACCGACUCAAAGAGCAAACAUUAAAGGCGCUGGAAGCAGGGGACAGCAGUCUGAGACGUCAGAACAGCACAGUGAGCAGCACUUUCAAGUUACUGGACAGCAAUAAAGAUGGCAGUAUAACGGUGGAUGAAGUCCAGGCUAAAGUGGCACUCAUCCAUGAUGAAGAACGCGUUCUCUCUGAGGAUGAAGCAGUGGCCUUGUUGGGAGGAGGCCAUCAGAUGGAUCUCACCGAGUUUCAGCACACACUCUGGGACAUCCUGACGAAAGGAGACAGUGUCAAGAUCAAAGACACACACGGUGCACCAGGCAGCGUUGUGGCUGAAGAUCCUCACUUAAAGGCAGCUGACAGAGCUGCGGAGUGGGAGGCUACCAAUCUGAAGAAGGUAGAAGAAGCCUAUGAGACAGUCAGCAUGGAAAUAAGUGAUCUCCGGAAGAAGCUGGCCAUAGACUACGGACCAGAUUGGGAGUUUCUGUUUAUGAACAGCCAGUGUUACAAGAUAAACGUAUAUGAGUAUACUUACACCCUGUGCCCGUUCAAUGACAUCACACAAAAGAGCACUGCAGGUACAGAGGUCUCAUUAGGGAGGUGGGGGAUGUGGGCAGGAACUCCAAAGAACCAGUACAGUCAGAUGGUGUAUGAGAAUGGAGAACCCUGCUGGCAAGGAGGUUCACGAAGCACUACAGUCACACUGACAUGCGGAACGGAGACAGCCUUGCGAUCGGUGAAGGAGCCCAGCAAAUGCCAGUACAUCAUGGACUUUCAGACUCCUGUGGCCUGUCAGCCGGUACUGAAGCAGCGGGGCAUACACAGUGAACUGUGACCCCUUCCCUUACUGGCCCAGCCUAGAUUAACUUGGCCCCCCUUGGCUAGCCUGCAGUGACAGGCUGGGGUCCUGAGGGUCUCCUCUGACAUCUGUGUUGUCAGAACAUGUAUACUUCCAAGCAAGUCGUGCUAAGGUCAGAAUCUGAUUUUCACCGCUCCUAGACCACUUAUUUUUCAUUAAUUGUGACAUUGUUGCUUUAUUAUGUUAAUAUUUGAAUAAAGCAUUAAUUGAAUGACUUAGUGUACACAAGUAUUCUUCAAACUGCAGUAUAUUCGUUAUAUGGGUUUUGUACUUGAGGCCCAACAAGACUAUUAUGUAAAUAAUUUAAUUAAUAAAGAAUCCAGGGUCUAACUGCAUUGCCACUAAUGUAACUGCUUUAUCAAAUGAAAUCACACAGAAAAGGACUGUGUCUUUACUUCAUUAUAUUGGCUACCUUGUUAUAGCUGUGUGUAACUUUUAAAGGAUAAGUCGACUCAGUAUUUUUCUUCAGUAAAUCUGAUGAGAAGAUCAGACCAACAAUGAUUUAGUACCUCUUUAGUAUUUCCUAUUUUUAUCCAAAGCCUCAUCCAGUGUUGCAUAGGUUUCCUACACAUUCAUUUUGAUGGGCCGCUACUAUUAACCCUUUGAAACUUCGGCAAAUUAGCUGGAUUUCUUUCAAAACCAUGAGAAGAAGGCA